UCAACACACAUUUCAUUCAUUUGUGUUGAUAUUUUUGCGUUUUUAUCUGUUUAUUUAUUUUCAUUUGUAUCGAAUUUCUAGUUGUGAGUUAGGCAACUUAAUGUGCGUUGACAACUGAAUAUCAAUGUCAGAAAAGAAGUGUGCGGCUGUCUGAUCAGCUGCGAAACAAUGUUGUACAGAUCGUCGUGAUGUAAAUAAUCUUAGAAAACAAGUUCCCGUGCAAUGCAAGUGGUCCCGGCCAAGCAGAACGCCAUCCGAUGCAUUUUCUUCUGCGAGUUUCAUCCGACCCAAGGGCCGAUGAUUUCGUGCCAGGUGCCGGAGAACUACAUUUCCAAAGAACUCUUCGACAGCAUCAGCGUCUAUAUCAUCACGAAGGCCGAACUACAGCGCAGCACAAUCACCGUAACUUUAGCCGAACAUAAAAUUCUCGGCUUUCCUGUCCGCAUCGACGAAAAAUACGCGCGCAAUGCAUUUCACUUCAAUCUAUGUUUCGUCUGCGAUAGCAAUGCAAGAACCGUGCAUUACGAGCCGGUGGUGAUGAAAUUCGCCGAGUACCUGAUGGCUAUGGAGGUAGAAAACAGCUACCUGUCCGGAGGCGGCUGUGCGCCGAAACUAGCGCCUAUUUUAGCGCAAGCAAUGCGUGCGUUAAACACACGAGGAGAAUGCGCGCUCGCCGAAGGACCAACCGCCACCCACUUGAAAGUUGUUGACGUUCGUGGUGAUCCAGUACGUGUCGCUGAUCAUCAAGUACCCGUCCUGGUGCGGCCAUUACCCGAACGCGCCUGGGACCUGACCACGCACGCUGUCGCGCCGCACAUAAACGGUUUCAAUCAUGUGCUGCGCAUUGCGACACUCGCCGAUGUUGAGAACAAUCUGGUGAAGGCAUGCGUGCGCAAUCUGCUUUAUUACGGCGCUAUCGCCCUAGUACCACUUCAGUAUGGUAAUGUGUACUGCACGACGCCGCGCUUGCGUGCGUUAGUGCAGGACGCUCGCCUUCGGGAUCGUUGCCUGCGUUAUGUUGCGAAAUCCGAUCGACAGCGACCAUCGCUUCGUGAUGUCUUUCGCAUGUACGCCGCCAUGACACGCGGCACAACCAUUCGUGAUCUAUGCUUGCGUAUGAAUCCAUCUGCGUUGUGGAUCAACGAACGUAAAUUGGUGCAAUUCGGCGUGUUGGAAGGUCUGGUACGCCGUGUGCACAAAUAUCCAGUACUUCUCGGUGAGCCAGCAUCGUUGCGGCGAUCGCUGGACGGCGGCGCCUGCCUAGAUGAAAUCUGCUGCUCGACGGGCGUCAGCGGCCAGCAGCUUGAGGACCAACUCGAACGCGAUCACAAUGUCGUCCUACUCUGGCGGUGAUUCAUAUUCACUUUUAUAAAUAUUUACGUGCAAGUAUGUUUAGACCAAAGAAGUUUAUAACUCCACUCUACUUUAGUGAAACAGAGACAGAGGAAUUAAAUAAACAAUUCGGCGCAGUGUAUGUAUGCAUAUCGAAGUUUUUCAAAUGAUGGAUUAUUAAACAAACGAUAAAGUUUAAUUGAAUGGCAGUACACUUACUGUAUGCUAUGUAGUUAAUAAUGCGGAACUUGUUUUUCUAAUAAACUGUAAACUUUUA